CCUCUUCCCUCUUACUGAUAUGACAUUUGAAGGGGGAAGGAUAAGAUAGUAGAGGACUCUACCAUGGCCAAUAUCUUCAACGUCAAAUACUUUAUCAAGACGUUUCUUCACAAGUUCUUCUGCAUCCUCAUCUUCUAUGUCUUCCAGUAAUACAACCUAACAAGUAGAAAUAGGUAUCACGAGCAAACAACAGAAAUCUUACCUAAGAUGAAACAUUGGGAGGGGGAUGGGGGGAGCUUCAUUAACUAUCAAGAGAAGAAAUGUCUACCUGCAGGAAGCAUACGGUACCAAGCAGUGGCUACCAGUGACCACUUUGCGUGUGUUUUACCCAGGCCUUUAACAGUGCGCUUCCAGUUCAAUUUCCUGGAAAGUAACUGAAACUUUUUAGCGUUUGCACCUAAAACAUCGCCUGAAGGUCAUUACAACCUUCAACAAUAAAAACAAAUGAUAGACCAUGUGUUUGAGAGGAUUAUCAAUGAUUGCACACAAUUAACAAUAUCUUCAAUAUAUCUUAGAAUUUCUGCAGUAUUAGGACUAUUCUUACCCGUUUAGAGCCAAGUUUAGCAAGUAUCAUCUUAUCCUCUAAAGGGCUUAUUGGAUCGCUUGAUAAUUCUGGUAACGUGUCUUGACUGCAAGUAAACGAAGUAUAAGUAGUGGGUUUUGAAUAUGGUUGGCCUGCUUCCUUUAUCAACUUACUCCCAUUCGGUAGCCACUCCAAUUCCUCAUAAUAUACUGCAGUAUAAAAGGUCUCAAUAUGAAAGCAUGAAUUGCAAAUAUAAUUGAUGUGCCAGAACUGUAGGACGAAUCAACAUCAUACCUGUCCGACACUCGCCACGUUUACACCUAACUAUAGUGUUCUUCUCAUUGGGUGUAUCAUUCGCUCCACUCAAGAUGAAAGGAAAAAGUCGGCUCAAAAGGUUAAAACAUAGAAAAAAUAUUUCUUUUCACCAAUUUUUUUUUCUUUCUAUUCCAUAUGAAACUUAAGAUUACUGGAAGAAGGAAAGAUGACGUGACUCAAACCUGAAAGAUAUUCAAAUAGCCUGGGUCUGCCUUGAUUGGAAUGGGACCCAAUCAGUGUGCAAGCACUUCAUCUUGGACCACUGAUGUAUUAUAUGCGAUAAGAACUUUUUCAAUUGCCAUUGUAGGUACCUAUAUCCAAUGUUAUAUGCCAUUCAGUAAGCCAUAUACGCCAAAAGAUCUGGUGCAAAGGUAUAAUGUUCAAUUGUCCAGCAAUUUCAACAGGAUGAGUCAUGUGUUCAUCCCAGUUCCGAGUCCUACAAAUAUACCAAGCCACACAUCAAGCAUACCUCAUAAAUUGGAAUCCUUCGAAACACAUUUGCCAGUGCAGGAUCAAUACCAAUCAUAUCAAAUUCCAUGUCUUCCUUGGUGAGUCUGAUCAUUUUAACUUUGAAGUUGUCACGAAAAAGAUCCAAGUGAACACUAUUAUCAACCCCACUGAAUGCACAAGCACCAGAGUAUGAUAUAUAUCAGUCUACAAAUAAAGCACAUUAUCUUCGCCUCCAAGAUUACUGUACUUCUUAAGUUCAAUGCAUAUAAAGCACCUCAAUUUGCUGAACUCAGCACAUUAGGCACAGUCACAGCUGAAACUAACACUAGAAAAAUCGUCCAAAGCAAAAGUUUGCAUCUUUAACCAACCCUUCAUUGAAAAAUCGGUCAAACGUGUUAACAAAAAUAUCUGAGCAAUAAAUUACACUACCCACACAAUAGAAACGUAAGCGGUGAAAGGAAUGAGGUAAGAGGGAGCGAGGGCAUACAUGAAUGAGCGCAUCUGCUUUGCAAACAACGCGAGUCUUCUAAAUCUAGAAGUGAGGCGGGAGUUGGCCCAUUGGGACGUCGGGCAAAUCCCAUACCGAAAACUUCUUGUUCUGCUCGUCGUUGUUCUCUCCCUUAUUCUCCUUCUCACUCAUGUUUCGUUCAGUUGGAUUGACUUAAUGGACGAUUCACACUCUUUUUCUCAAUUCCUUCACUUGGUCCUUGCUUCCGGAGUUAAGAGGACAAAACAGCAGAAGGGAGGAUCAACGACGGAUGGACCUUAUACAACUGCAAUUGCUGGGUAGGAUUUAGGGUUUUAGCCAUUGUUAUAAGAACCGAACUAGAUCAACGGCCGGGCCCAGUUCAUUGCUUGGACAGUUAUUGAUGGACCAAACGGGUUUUCACGGUUCAACAUAAAAUCAUAAUAUCCACCACGGUUUAACUGGUCUACUGAUUCACUAUUUUAACAAAAAUAAAAAUAAAAAAAACAUACUUUAACAUAAACUAAGACCAUCAAACCUAAAUUAUUAAUUUAAUAUAUGCUUCCUCUUCUCAUUUCAACCUUGUUGUCGACUUUAUGUUGUCCACUACCGCAUGGCAUCGUAAUUUUUAAUUUCAAUUUUAAAAAAUAUUGUUUCUUUUGUGAGAUGGUUUGAAUGACUUUCGAGAUACGUGAAUACAUUUAUUUCAAGAUAGAUUUUUGGACAAACUAGCGAGGAGUUGACUCCCAAGAAGGGAACAAAGAUCAAUUGACUUCACUUCGAUCUCUACCGCUUGAAGUUCAAUCCCCGUCGUUCGCCCAUCAAUAAAUGGACCAUUUGUUUCGGAGACAGAACCAUCGAAAGGAUCUCGGAGACCCACCAAAGCACGAAAGCCAGGAUCUUUCAGAAAAUGAAUUCCUAUUCGAAGAGUGCAUAACCACAGUCUAACGCUCACGAAAGCCCCUACCCAAAGAAAUGCAACAUGAGAAGGAGCUUUUUACGUUACUAGGAACAUUAACAAGGAGAAGGAAGAACCACUUAAAUAGAGGAUUUAUUAGAUAUUUUAGUGGUUCCUUUUGGGUACUUGGAAUGAAAAACAUCAGUUGAAAAAGGGUAGACAUAUAUAAGAUGUAUAUAUGUCUAUCAUAAAGACUGAUAUUGUUGGCUAAAACUAGUAAAAGUUUGACAAAUAUUCCAAAAAGGCUUUGAGAUUCCUCAUGAGAUGGUUGAUUGAUGGAGGUGUUCUCCACUAAUAAAAUUUUAGAGAUAUUUAUAUUAUAUCCUUGGUUGUGAUUUGUUGGUGACUAUUAUGUGUUGUUACGGGUAAAACUAUAUUCCCAUGUGUAGUUUGCUAUAAUGGUUGUGGUUUUAGAUAGAAUUGUCAGUUGUCACCCUUGAUAAGUUAAGAAGUUAGUGGGUGACAAAUUUCAAUAACAUUUGUGUUGUAACUUGUAAGGCAAUUGAGACGGGGAGGGAUGAAACCUAGAAAGUAGAAACCAUCUAUUUUAUCACUUUCUUGUUUCAACAAUCUCUUUCCUUUAUGGCUAAAAAGUUGAUUGGCAAAAAGUUUUUGAGAGUGUCCUUGUUCAUUGCUUCGAGGGAACAAUGUUAUUGGACGAAUUUGGAGUUUGCUUUGGAAUGACAUAAUUUGGUCUAUUUAGAAAGAGAUCAUCAUACUCAAAAAAAAUCUAAAAAUGGUUCAAAAUCAAGUGGGUUAACCAACAUUAUUAGAUUAGAAGUGGCUUACUUGGAUGUGGAGUAGAGACCAUGGUUGUCAAUUGUCAUGCCGGUUUCCUAUCGUUUGGUUCAAUUGGUGCAAGUAUUUAGCUUUGGUCAAAUCUUGUCAAAACCAAAAUCGACCGGUCAAACUAGAAAUCAAAUUCAAGCAAUUCCCCAUGUCCUCCAUAAAUAUACACCAAUCGUGAAAUUUGAACCAAGUACUUCAUGCUCACCAAUUUCAAUUGUGCACCAAUAGGCUACGAGGAACUUUGUGAUUCAUUAAUGCUAUAUUUUAUUAAGGGAAAGACAAUAUAUUAGCCAUAACAAUUAAGCAGCGGGGAAUUAUAGCCACAACUAUCGAAAUACAAAUUAUUAGCCAAUUGCUAAGUUUUCGUUAACACUUCUGUUAGUAAUGAUGACUAAACUUUUACGAUGCUGAGCUGGCUCCCACGUGGCAGUCAUCAUAUAAUAUUUUUUACUAAUGCAGACAUGGCCUUCUCCGUUAAAAAUUUGAAAACAGUAACGGCUGUUAGCCAAAUCUUGACACGCAACAAUAGUUAUGGCUAAUAAUGUGUAUUUCGAUAG